UAUCUUCUCAUGGUGAUGGAGAUUGUAGUGAAAGAGACAGGUUUAGGUGACAUGAUCAAGAUAAGCCAACACAAAUUCCAGAUCUUUCUACCAUCUUCUUUGGUCUUGUCUACAUGUCUUCUCUGUGGGCGCACACCAUUUCUCAUAUAUUCUUCACCUGCAAUUAUUUUCCAUUCUUCAUCUUUCUCUCCCUCUUCAAGAUUUUCUGAAAUGGCUUCUGAGCCUCAUCAGCCUGAGUUAUCUUCUGCUUUUGAGGGGAUGCCAAGGCAUAGAGACCUCUCUUUGUUUUUGCCUUUCCUAUUAGGCUUCUCCACCACCACCGGCCGGAGUGAGAGUGACCACCCAGAUCAAGAAACGCCAGAUACACCCACCCCAAAUCAAAGAAUCAUCCUUAUCAACCCUUUCACUCAAGGGAUGGUGGUGAUUGAAGGAGCUGCUAGUUUGGAUUCUCUUCUUAGAGACUUAGCUACCAAGAAUGGUCAGCCUCCUGCCUCAAAAGCAUCUAUAGAGGCCAUGCCUUGUGUUGAAAUUGCUGAAAUUGGAGAUCAGGAUGGUGAGUGUAUGAUCUGUUUAGAGGAUUGGGAGAUUGGUGGGUUGGCCAAAGAGAUGCCUUGUAAGCACAGGUUUCAUGCUAAUUGUAUAGAGAAGUGGUUGGGGAUUCAUGGGUCAUGCCCUGUUUGCAGGUACAAGAUGCCUGUUGAUAAGAUGGAUUUUGGAAAGAAGAGAGAUGAUGAUGAUGAUGAGGGGAGAGAGAGAAGAAUAAUUGAAAGAGAAAUUUGGGUUAGUUUUUCAUUCAAUACUCAUAGGAGAAAUGAAAACUCAAAUCAGGCUUCAGUUACUGAUCCUAGUGAUGUCUCUUCCUCAAGUCCAGCUCUUGAUCAUGAAAUGGAGGGUUAAGAGUUGAAGAUUUUUUGUAAGAAUAUAUAUUUUUUUGUGUGUUUUUUUGGCUUCUUUUUAAUUAGCAUGUAUAUAAAGAUGAUUUACGUUCAUCUUGAAUAAUAAAUAAAUUUGUGUA